CAGUGCGCCAUGCGCCGUUCCGCAGGUUGAGGCAACGUGCUGGCAGCAGGCGGCUUUUGCGGCUCGUUGAGGUGGAGCCGCAACGUAAACUACAUCCAAUAUCUUAUUUUGUAUAACUUGUUCUGGUACGUUUAACUUAAUAGAUCCUUAAUAUGCCGCCGAAGAAAUCCAAAGCGAAGGCCGGCAAGAAGGAACAAGCUGGAAAAGGUGCUGCUGAAGGCGAUGUCGAAAAAAAGCUUGAAGACCUCGACAUUAGCGAUGGCUCUGACGGCGAAGACCACGAUUCUAAGCCUGUGCGCCGUAGCCAGAAUAAAUUUCAGGCCCUGGGAAGUGACGACGACGCCGAGAACAGUGAAGGCUCUGAGAAGGAAGGCAAAAGCAAAGGUGAUGACGCCACCAAAGAAGUGGCACCAACCAAGAAGGUAUCUCAUAAAGAGAAGAAAUUGAUGAAAAAACAGUCGGAGUACCAGAAACAGCUGGAGAGUCUCAACAAGGGAAAGACAUCAUCUGAAGGAGACCAGUUCACAGUAUCCCAGGCUGACAAGUCAGCCGCACAGCAGAUUCAGCAGGAGAAUGCAGUCGACAUUAAG